AUGCAGACCACCGCCCUCGCCCUCCUCCUCGCCGCCGCCGCCGGCUCCGCCCAGGCCGCCAUCACGUUCAAGCAAUUCCCGGCCACGGGCAUCGCGUGCCCCAACAGCGACGCCAGCGCCGACCUGAUCAGCGACACGGCGGCCCUCAAGGCCGCCGCCGAGGCCGCCAGGAACGACGUGCCGGUCGAGGAGUCGGCGGCCAACAUCGCGUCCGGCCAGUGCACCUCGCUGAAGCUGCCGUAUUACGUCACUAGGACCAAGCAGGCGAAUGGCGAGGCGGCGGGUCUCUUGAGCUUCGCGUGGGAUGCGGCGAGCGAGACGAUUUACUACUGCACUGCGCAGGGUCUGUUCAGCACGAGCGGUAAUGGGUAUCCCGACAGUUGCAAGCGGAUCUGA